CCAAUACAUAAAUAAGUGUUCAGUUAUAAAGAGAUUGGGAGACACUCCAAUAAUGGGGAAAAAUAAGCCAAAGGGUGUCAUCCCGGGUAUAGCAGUGCAUGCCGGUAUACGAUGGGACAUAACCCUAUCUGCACAAGACCCGGAAGAAAACCUUGAAAUGAGAUCAUUUAUAGGACCAUACUAUAAUGAAACAACAUCAGAUCCUAGUUUGCCAGAUGCGGUAUCUUGGUCAAAGAUCUACAAUAUGAAACAGAAAGAGGGAGAAGCAGUGGAAAGAGUCAGUGUUUAUUAUGGACAUGACGCAAGACGGGGAUUGAGUCUUAAAGAGUAUACUAAAGGUUUGGAUACCAGAUGUUCACGAGGCGGGGAACUUACUGCCAUGGUUAUUAGUCUGGAUUUGGGAAAGCAUGAUGAAGUUGUUUACACUGAGGAAACUGUUCUGGUCCAAUGCCAGGAAUAGUGUAUCUGCAAUGUAUUUAUUUACAAAUAGCUAGAAAUAUAUGUUUUAUGAAUUAUAUGAGCCCUUUGUCGGCAUUUUCUUUCAUGAACAAAACAGGAAACGCAAUUGCCAAAUAGUAACUUUAACUAACAUGCGCGUAGCCACAUAAAUGUGGAGGUUACUGCAUUCAGAAUAGGAAUAGCCAUAUUGAGUCAAACUAUAUUUGCAACUAACCAGCAAUGUCGCACGGGCGACAUUGGUUCUGUGCAAGCGAAAGUUUAAAAAAUGUCGCACACUGAAAAUCAUCCCACUCUAUUAGCUCCACCCUUCCCCUUCUCCUUCUCCUUCUCCUCCUUCUGCCCCCUGCAACCAUGAGCAAAGUAGCAUUGGCAGUAAUUGACCUACAAGAAGACUUUCUACCACCGGAUGGAUCACUCGCCAUUGCCGAUGGUCGAUCAAUCAUCCCCAAAAUCAACAAACUACUAUCCAAGCACAACUGGGCCGCAAUUAUCAAUACCCAAGACUGGCAUCCUCACAACCACAUCUCGUUUGCAUCCACCCAUGGCGUAGCCCCUUAUUCACAAUUGCAAUUUACACAUCCUGAGGGCAAAAUUGACGCAACUACCAAUCAAGCACAAGUGAUGACGCAGUACGUGUGGCCAGACCAUUGUGUGCAAGACACCGCUGGCGCCGCCCUUGAACAGCUGUUUGCAGACGCAUUCAAUCAGAUCCAAGGCGAGAAAACUAAUGUCAAGAAGGGAUAUUUAGUAGACCGUGAGUAUUACUCCUGUUUCCAGGAUUGUUGGGGGUUGCAUCAUACAGAAAUGCAGCCAUAUUUAAAGGAAAAGGGAAUCACAGACGUUGUGUUUGUUGGAUUGGCUUACGACUUCUGUGUUAUGAACUCAGCAGUUGAUUGUGCAAAAGAUGGAUUCAAUACUGUCGUGUUGAAGGACUAUUGCAAGAGCGUGUAUCCUGACAAGAUUGCAGAAACUGACAAGGUGUAUACCGAUGCUGGUGUUCGCAUUGUUGAGGAUAAGGACUUGGAUGCACUUUUUAAAUAGCUAUUCUUGUAUGCCUAGUCUGGCUAGUAAUUGUUGACGUUUUUUAUCAACUAACCAUUGGGAAACCUGCUCGUUUGUAGGGAAUUGGUCGAAGUUGUACAUGUCAUCAUCUCCUUCUUUUUGUGGUUUCGCCAAUUCCAUUGAUCUCUGUUGUUCAAACUUUAAUAAAGGAUCAUCUGUGCGAUUCACCUCAUCAAAGUAUCCAUAAUACGAAUAAUCAAUUCUGCUUUCCCUUGC